AUGAUGCGCUUCAAAUACCUCUUUAACUUCUUGUUCCUCCUGCUAUUCAUCUCGACCACCACCCACGCCUUCACCUACUGGCUAGACCGCACCUGCCUCGCCUACCCAGCCGGUCCCGGCAAAACCCUGAGCCUCCGCGAUGGCGGCGUCUUCGAAGAAGUCUUCCACAUGGGAAGACGCGUUUCCGAGCGCAUGGACCGCAUGGGUAUCGCGUCCACCAACGCCUGGGACAGGGACUUUGCGCGAAGCUACGCCUACAUCUUCAAUGACGACAAGGCACGAUCGCGAGGCAUCGAGCGCAGCUGGCAGUGGAGGGAAAAGUACGGCGGUGAUGGCAAGGACACGGUCUACAACGUGGUAUUCAGUGGGUACAAGACUCUACAUCCCAUGGAGUCCGCGACGGCCAAGACGGAACUAACGACGGCAGACACAAUGGCGAGCAUCGGAAACGACUGGACGGAGACGAGAGUCAAGCUCGAGGCCGAUGUGCGAUUCUUCUGUGACAACGGCGCCCACUGGACGGCGGACCCGGAGGGUGAGGGCUACGGGAGCUUUGACAAUAAUAUGUUGUCCGAGAUCAACUGCAACUCGCCCGGUAUGCAGGGUCAGCUGAUGGCGUUCGAGACGCACGACCGCAUCUCGUACACCGACCCUGUCGACAAUGGCGACGUCUCUCUCAUCACGAUUUAUGAUGCCGCGUUCGAGAGGGGCAGGAGCUAUGGGAACUCGGACAUUCGCCUGCCGGCGACUAUAAAGGAGAUGCGCAAGCUGGGAAAGGUCAAGAAGGGGGCCAGGAUUGACCACUUCGAGGUGUUGUCCUGCAUUAUCCUCCAUGAACUAACGCAUACUUGGCAAUACCUCCAUGAGGACCACACUCCUGACGAGGACGACUCUGAUACCUCAGAGGCCGAAACUGGUGGCUGGGAGUCCGUCCUCUUCCAAGACGAGGACAAGGGAGCUUUGAAUUCGGACUCGUAUGUUGCGCUCCUACUCGAUGGGGCAUCGUUGGAGAAGAAGGGCUACACGCUCGAUCGCGAUUAUGUUACCAGUCCCGAAAAACUUGUCAAAGGAAAGAUUCGCCACUAUCACGAUCUCCAAGGAACACCAUGA